UAUAAUUUUUCUCUUUGUUGUGUUGUUGUCGUCUAUUCCAAAUUUGGUUUGUUUUUAUCAGUCGUCAAUCGCCUUUGUAGCGUUGAUCUGUCAUAUUUGUCUGUGUUUUGCUAAUUUGAUUUUCGCGCAAUGGCUGAAGCUCCCGAGAGCGAGCCUGUGCCCUCGUCCAGCGAGCCCGCUGUCGAAUGCGACGCAAAAGAGGACGAAGGGCCAUUGUUGAAGAAGCGUAAGCUCGCUGACAAAGAAACCACUGAAAAGCUCGAGCACAGGCUCGGGGGCAUCCUGUGCUGCACAGUGUGCCUCGACCUGCCUCCAGCGGCCGUGUUUCAGUGUAGCAAUGGCCACCUUAUGUGCGCCCCGUGCUUCAAUCACUUGCUGGCGGACGCGCGCCUGCGCGACGAGUCGGCCACGUGCCCCAACUGCCGCGUGGACAUCUCCAAGACGCUGGCGUCGCGCAACCUGGCUGUCGAGAAGACGGUCUCGGAGCUGCCGUCCGAGUGCAAGUACUGCACGCAGAUGUUCCCGCGCCACUCGCUGCAGCAUCACGAGGACAAAACUUGCGAGGAUAGGCUGACUGGUUGCCGCUACGAGUGCAUCGGCUGCCCGUGGCGCGGCGCGGCGCACGAGGCGGGCGCGCACGAGGCGGCGUGCGCGCACCCGCGCAAGCCCGCCGCCGACGUGGCCGACGUGCUGGCCGAGCGCGAGCGCCGCGCCAAGGACCACGCCGCCGUCUACACGCAGCUGCUCGACCUGCUUUCGUAUGAGAAGAUCACCUUCAAUGACCUGCAGCUAAAGCCGUACCGCACCGAGGAGUACGUGCACAAGCUGUACUACGAGACCUCGCGCUUCACGGCCUUCGGCCACCAGUGGGUGGUCAAGGCCUUCGUCAACAAAAACCAGCGCGACCCCACGCAGAGCUCCGAGCGAGAGAUCACUUACCAGAUAAUCCUGAAGAGCAAGCCGAGCAGCCCGCUGCCGCUGCAGUGGCUGUGGCUGCGCGGCCCGUACGGCGAGGCGGCCUGCACGCCGCGCGCGCUCGCGCACGCCUUCAGCGACGACGCGCCCGACGCGCCGCCGCUGCCGCUGCCGCUCGCCGACCCCGCCGACGCCAACCGCCUGCUGCUCAACAAGGCCAUACAGUUCCGGUGAGUUCCGCGCUCAUUGCACACCUGUUGUUCAAUAUUUGGACGGCCGUUUGGUGUAGUGGUUCGAAACGGACUACUUUCCGAAGGUAGCGGGUUCGAUUCCCGCACAGUACAAACAUACGCCUUCAGCGACGACGCGCCCGACGCGCCGCCGCUGCCGCUGCCGCUCGCCGACCCCGCCGACGCCAACCGUCUGCUGCUCAACAAGGCCAUACAGUUCCGGUGAGUUCCGCGCUCAUUGCACACCUGUUGUUCAAUAUGUAGUCGGCCGUUUGGUGUACGAAACGGACUACUAUUCCGGAGGUAGCGGGUUCGAUUCCCGCACAGUACAAACACACGCCUUCAGCGACGACGCGCCCGACGCGCCGCCGCUGCCGCUGCCGCUCGCCGACCCCGCCGACGCCAACCGUCUGCUGCUCAACAAGGCCAUACAGUUCCGGUGAGUUCCGCGCUCAUUGCACACCUGUUGUUCAAUAUGUAGUCGGCCGUUUGGUGUACGAAACGGACUACUAUUCCGGAGGUAGCGGGUUCGAUUCCCGCACAGUACAAACACACGCCUUCAGCGACGACGCGCCCGACGCGCCGCCGCUGCCGCUGCCGCUCGCCGACCCCGCCGACGCCAACCGUCUGCUGCUCAACAAGGCCAUACAGUUCCGCCUCAUAAUGUUCCUGGCGACGAAGUGAGGCGGCCGCGCGCGCCGCUCCCCCGCGCACUCCCCUCCCCCCCUGUCCGCAGGGAACCCCGAAAUCAUGAUUUGAAAUUAGAAUGUAGGUCCUAUUUUAUUUUGACUUGACCAAUGAUUUUCGACAAAAGCAUGCGUAUUUUUUAUUCUAAAACGAGACUUAUUGAGAUAGACAGACGUCUGCGAGUUGAGUUUUCUCUCUCAACACUGCAAAAUUAAUAAUUUUCUCAGUUUACUUAGGUUAUCUACGCAAGUAAAUAGUAAUCAUCAAAUGACAUGAUUUAUAGUGAUUUUCGUAAUGACAAUUGCUGCUAUUUUUACCACAACAGAAGUGGUAGCGUUACGCCUCUACUACUGUCAGAAGCCUAGGCUAGGUUUCAUUCAUGUCCAAAUUAUAUUAUUAUUCAAUUCAUACAUGUCCUUUAAUGAAUCCAAAUUAUUUUCAAAAAUAUUACGUGACUUAUUCAUGAUUGAAUCGUAAUCAUCAUUUUACAAAUACACAUUCCUUCACGACUCAAAAUAACUAAGAUUACGAAUAUUCACUAACCGUAUUUAUUUAGAAAUAUAGGUUUUUUAAGAUAUUAUAUUUUAAUUGCGAUUAUGUUGUUUAUUUUAAUGUUAUAACAGAAUUAAAUAACGCACUUGAAGAGAUAUUUUUCAUUUUAGCAUAAUUAUUAUGAUAGUUUUAAUAUAUUUGUGGAGAUAUAGUCAUUUCCCUAGCAGAUCGGUAGCCACAAUAUGUCUAUGGUCAUAAACACACAUCUUAUUCAAUCAUAGACAAUUAUUAUGAAUGCUGUGGUUAUACAUACAUAAAUACUGAUAUUAUAAACAUUUUUAUUUGUCGUCGAGCUUAAAUUAGUGGGUUACGUGUUAUCAAUAUAUCAUUUUAUUAAUAAAUAAGCGAAUUCCAAAAAUACGUUGGAUUUUAUGAGUACAAAGUAUAAAUCUGAAUUUUAUCUUAAAUUAGUAUGUAAUUCGGAAGAGGCUGGGCUUAUGUGUAACUAACAAUUCGCUCUCUAGCAAAGGGGAGAGACAAGCAAAAUUAACUUUAAAUCCUUUGGUUUAAAAUUAAUAACAGCAUACUCGUAUUUCAAUCCUAUGGAAAGAUUAUCAUAAUAUUACUCUGCUAAGUUUCUCACUGACCCUCGAAGAUUAAACAUAAGCUUUUAAUGGUGACUUUUUGUCAAUUGUGUGUUCGUUAGUCUGUAUUUGUGUGCCUGAUUAUCAUUAUUUUAUCGUACACGCUGUGCACGUGUCCAUAUUAUUAUAUUUUAGCUAAAUAUUUUUAUCUACACUUUGUUAGCUUUUAUUUUGGGAUUAGAAAAUAAAGAGAUAAGUCUACAUUACAAAA